AUGGAGGUUGGAGAUGGCGCAGCUCCCACAGUGCCAGUGAAGCGCGAGCGAUCCCCGAGUUCUGAGCGUACACCUGACGUGCCAUCAGUAAAGCGCCAGGCUGAUGAGACAACUGGUGUCGCCCGCGCUCCAGUGAAAUUUCCUUGGAGAGAGUGUCAGGAUCUGGACGACGUUAAGCGUCUCAAGAUCAAGGAAAAGGCCGUCAAACAGGCGAAAGAAAAUUGCAACAAGAUCCGCGCUCUUCUCGAACCUGCUAUUGCAACGGUCGAUGCGAAUCCCGACAGCACAGAUGCUGUAAUCAUUGGCCGAAAGAUCAUCCAACAGUGGCUUGAUCAGGAUAACACCACUCAUGAAGCGCUCAAGAAACACCAGGUUCUUGUCGGCGUCGAAGGCCCUACCGGUGCAGGCAAAUCCUCAUUCCUGGGAUCACUGCUCAGGAUUCCAGAACUUUUGCCAUCGGGCCAGGAGUCAGCAGCAACAGCCGUGAUUGGCAAAGUAUCAUGGAACAGCAACGACACCCCUGGACACGAGUUUCGCGCCGAGAUCACCUUUCGCCCGAAAGAAGAGGUUCAAAACGAUCUCGCAUCACUCUUGCAAGAAUUGAACCGAUACAAAGAUCUCAUGGCCAACAAGUUUCGAGAGGAAGACGACGACGCUCAGGACAAGGCCGACGCUGUCAUUGAGUCCAGGAACAAGAUCGAGUACGAACUACCCAAGAUCAAAGCUGUCUGGGGUAUUGAGAAAGAACACCUGGAAAAGGCUGUGGUCAGCUGCCCUGAAUAUCGCAGCUACGCCGAUGUAGCACUGGGCAUCUUGAAGAAGAACAACCACGUCCUGAAGUUGCUGGAUCAAGGUUGCGUUGAGUCGCAUCAAAGCACCGCAAAGAAACUUGGCAAAAUCAUCAAACCAUACCUGGAUUCCAGCGUCAUGAAGGUGGGAGAUCGUGUGGAGUUUGCUCUAUGGCCUCUAGUGAAGGACGUUCACAUCUUCACCAAGGCAGAAAUCCUCAAGUCUGGAAUCACUCUUGUUGAUCUACCUGGCUGUGGUGAUGCAACUGCAAGUCGUUCUGAAGUGGCGCAAAAGAUUUCAAGCGACUUGGACGUACGAAUGAUUGUCAGUCCCAUCAUCCGAGCGACCGAUGAGAAGCAAGGACAGACACUCAUGCAGAGCGGAUUCGACGAAGCUCAGAUGAGGAUCCGUGGAAAGCUCGAUGGUAACGGUUUCGGUGUAAUUGUCUCGAAGAUUGACGGCAUCAACUUCGAGUCGUACAUCGAUGGUUGUGACGAGCUCUGGGGAGACGAAGAAAUUGCCCAGAAACGAGAAAGACUGGCACUUUUGAAGGAUCAACUUGUUGGACUCUCGCGAAAGUCUACAACCCUGAGAAACAACAAGGCUCGAGCAGAAAAUGCAAAGAAAUUGGCACAGAAGAAUCGCAAGGCGGCACUGGACAGACAGAAACUUAAACCAUCAGCGAAUCCAGGUCAGGAUGCGGAGCGGCUCGCGACUGCUCAGGCGGCUGUUGAUAAACGUGUCCAGGCUUAUGAUGACGCUGACAAAGCACUCGAUGAGCAUCAUGAAGAAUCGCGAAGAGUCGAACAAGAGCAGACCUACCUCAAGGAUUGGCUUAACCAUCGAGCCUCCCAGACCCGGAACAAACGUGUCAUGAAGCGGAUGCGUGAGAAUUUUGCCAUCAGACAGCGCGAAUUUGGUGACGAAAGCAUUUCGCAAAAGUCUCAGGUUGAAGGGGAGUAUGUACUCCCUAUCUAUCCCAUCUCAACCACGGCUUUCUGGCAAUUGGAAAAGGGUGACCGUCGCCUGGAUGGGUUCCCUAGCCAGAGAUUCACUGGUAUUCCUGCUGUUGAGCAGUGGCUCCAUCGAGCAACACUGAGCAAGCGGGAGAAACAUCUGGAUGAGAUCCUGGAUGGAUACCAAAGCCAGUUGGCAAUGAUGAGGAUCUACUCUCAAACAAGUGGUAAGGAUGGGAACUUCAACUUCACCAGAGGUGAAGUCGAGCAGGCUGUGGCUCAUACCCACUCCGUUUUUGUCGAAAAACUGGGCGCAACACUCAAGGGUGCUGCUAUGGAGAUUGAGAAACUCGACCCUCUUGAGCACAGAACUAAGGCUGUUAAUAAGUUCGUAGGGGAAGCAAAGAAGAUUGCCCUUCGAUGGAUAUACAAGUUCCCCGACGACAAGCAGAGUCCUCUCAAAAUCAGUGCGAACACGUACUAUGCCAACAUCCGACGCUCGGGGGGUAAAUUUCAAAGCCAUUACACCCCAAGGGUCACCUACAACUGGAUGGAAAACUUGGCUGCCCCCGUUCUCAAGAUCAUCGGCAAAGAUUGGGAUUCAAAGAUGAACAAGCAGCUCCCAAGAAUCAGAAUUCCCAUGAUGGGAGCAUUCUCGAUAAUUUGGACGAAGUACCUGAAUGAGCUUCAGAAGGACAUCAGCGCAAAGGUACCAACCCUGGAAGACAGCUUUAAAAACAUGCGACCAAUCCUAGAUCAAUCCCAACGCGCUACCGAAACUAAAAUCCGAGGCACACUCGGAAGACUGGCUCAAAAGUCGUCCGAUAUCACUUUCGACGCUGUUGAAUACCUGUCUGAGGGAAUGGAACCAGCUUUUGAUGCCGCCAGACAGAUCACUGGAACAGGAUCUCACAAGAAGCGACAAGGUGUCAUCAUGGCAAAGGUGAACAAAGACGUCAGGCCAAUGUGCAAUGAGGUGCUCGAUCGCCUCGCAAAGGGUCUUGCAGCAAGAAAGUCCGAGGUGCCAAAGGAACUGGACCUCAUCGCAGAGGAGGCUAUCUGCGGUGUCAAGCAGCAGAUGUCGUUCCUGGUGAACAAUCUUGUCGAGAACUGCCCCAUCAAAUCAGAAGACAGCUCGACCAAAACGGAACUCCAGAACAGCAUCCGGAAAUUUGUCGAAAGUUGGGAGGACGAGUGGGCUCAGGAGGGAAACUACGAGGAGCACAUCCUGGACAAGGAUCUCAGCAUUCCCGACACCAUUCCGGAGCCAGUCUAUGAGGAGCCGAUGGAUGAGGAGCCUGCAGAUGAGGAAGGCGGCAUUCUUGAUGACGAUGAUCUCAACAUGGAGAUGUAA